AUGGAGAAGAAGGUGGUUCUGAUCACAGGCUGCUCCUCGGGAAUCGGCCUCAGCCUGGCUGUCCGGCUGGCCUCCGACCCCGACAAAACAUUCAAAGUGUAUGCCACCAUGAGAAACCUGGCCAAGAAGGAGCGUCUCAUAGAGUGUGUGAAAAGCCUGCACAAAGACACCUUGGACAUCCUGCAAAUGGACGUGACCAGCUGGCAGUCCAUCCUGGAUGCGAGGGACAGGGUUGUGGAGAAACGAGUGGACAUUCUGGUGUGUAAUGCGGGUGUGGGUCUGAUGGGGCCGCUGGAGGUGCAGUCCUUGGACUCGAUGAGGCAGAUUCUGGAGGUCAACCUCUUCGGUACCAUCCAGACAAUCCAGGCGUUCCUGCCAGGGAUGAAGGCUCGGGGUCAGGGCCACAUCCUGGUCACGGGGAGCACAGGAGGGCUUCAAGGUCUCCCCUUUAAUGAGGUGUACUGCGCCAGUAAAUUUGCAAUAGAGGGAGCAUGUGAGAGUUUGGCAAUCCUCCUGCAACACUUCAAUAUCCAUGUGAGUCUUGUUGAGUGUGGUCCAGUGAACACUGACUUCCUGGUGAACCUGCAGAAGGCAGAGCUCGGGGACACAUCUCUGCAACAGGUCGAUGACCUCACACUCAACCUCUAUGAAAAAUACCUGCAGCACUGUGGCUCUGUUUUCCAAAACGCAGCCCAGGACACUGAGGACAUUGUGAAGGUAUUUCUGGAAGCCAUCCAGUCACCCAGCCCUGCCUUCAGAUACUUCACCAGCGGGGACGUGCCACCUCUCACCAAACUGAAGGCCACAGAGCCAGGUGGCUCGCGGUACAUCAGUGCUUUGAGCAAAACCAUGUUCUCAUCUGAGGAACAAUAAUUGUGCCUCGUUUUCAACCAAGCCACUAGUUGCUCUUCUUUUUUCUUCGUGUACAGAGUUUUAUGUUGUUGUUCUCUCAGUUUUGUGUUUUGGAGUUAAAGUGGGGCACUGUGACUCACCGUGGUGACUCAAAGUUCAGUUUUAUAUUUUAACAUGGAGGGACUGCAUACUUCUAUUUUUGUGAAUCACGUUUAAAAAUGUAUAUUCCUUUUCGACAAUUUUAAGAUUUGAAAAAUAAACAAAGUUUUGGUUGUUGGAGACAUUUUAAGUAAGUAUUAUGUUGAGUGA